AUGCGUUUCUCCGCCCUUCCCGCCCUCUUUUUCGCGGCCCUCACCGUCGCCGCCCCGGUUGACUCCAUCCUCGAGGAGCGUCAAGCCGCCACCUACUGCGGCAGCACCUACUACUCCGCCAGCCAGGUCCGCGCCGCCACCAACCAGGGUGUGAACUACUACUACAACGGCCAGCAGGUCGGCAGCGGCAGCUACCCUCACCAGUACAACAACUACGAGGGCUUCAGCUUCCCCGUCAGCGGCCCUUACCAGGAGUUCCCCAUCAAGACCAGCGGCGUCUACACCGGUGGCUCCCCCGGCGCUGACCGUGUUGUCUUCAACACCAACGGCCAGUACGCCGGUGCCAUCACCCACCAGGGUGCUUCCGGCAACAACUUCGUCGGCUGCUCUGGCACCAACUAG